AAGAGGCUUGUAGCCUAAUGCUCCUUUCAGAACGGAAUGACGAACUUUAUAGGAAAAAACCGAAGUGCUGGGACUUUUUUCGUUCCUUAGACCUUUUUUUAGGUUCUCCCAAGUAUGUUGUUGCUCCCAUGGUGGAUCAGAGCGAGUUAGCAUGGAGGAUGUUAAGUAGAAAGUAUGGUGCUCAGUUGUGCUAUACGCCCAUGUUACACGCAGGCUUAUUUGCUACUCAAGAGGAAUAUCGUAAAAAAAAAUUUACUACAUGUUCUGAAGAUCGCCCUCUUAUUGUUCAAUUUUGCGCUAAUGAUCCCCAAACUCUUCUUAAAUCUGCAAGAUUAGUUGAAGAUAAAGUGGAUGCUGUGGAUAUUAAUUUAGGUUGUCCAAAAAGUAUAGCUCGAAAAGGACGUUACGGUUCUUUUUUAAUGGAAGAUUGGAAUUUAAUCGCAUCUCUGGUUUCACUGUUGAGCCAGCAGCUAAGAAUUCCUGUGACUUGUAAAAUAAGAAUAUUUCCUGACGUUGAAAAAACUGUAUGUUACGCUAAAAUGCUUGAAGAUUCAGGUUGCCAGUUGCUAACUAUUCACGGCCGCCUACGCGAGCAACAGGGACAAAAUGCCGGAUUUGCGGACUGGAAUCAAAUUAAAGCCGUUAGAAAAGCACUUUCAAUCCCAAUUUUUGCUAAUGGUAACAUUCUUUACCUUGAAGAUGUGCAUCGCUGCUUACAGUGGACCGGUGUGCAGGGGGUGAUGGUCGCCGAGUCUAAUCUUUAUAAUCCGGCAAUUUUUACAGGGAUUCACUUUCCCAUAACUAAAAUGGCGGAAGAGUAUUUGGAGCUUUGCGAAAAUUACAGUACUCAUCCUUCUAUGAUAAGGUCUCACUUAUUUAAACUCUGGCGAAAGCCUCUUAAGAUACAUUCUUUUAUGUGUGAAGAGCUUGGCAGGGCCAACUGUUUGGAAAACUUCCGGUGUCUGUUGAACUCGUUCAACUUGAUAUAUAAAGAAGAGCAGUCUGAGAGCCUUGAUCUUGCUGGCCUUCACUUCUCCUCAGAAGUUAUUUAUUUGGAGAACGCCGUUCUUAGCCGCACAAAAGUAAUUUCUAUGUGGCUUUGCCAGCCCCUCGUGCGACUUUCCGCAAAUGAGUCGUAUACUUGCUUGCCUGAAAGCCAGCAGAUCUUUCGAAGAAAAGUUUUGGAGCUAAGAAGACAGAAAAAAUUAGCUAAAAGACUGAAGGCUAAAGUUUGUGAAAACUAUGAAUUAUAUGUCCCUCAGACAAAUGCAGGUCUUGAAGUUGUUUCCAUAGCCACUCUCAAUCCCUUUUACCUAUCACCUUGCAAUAAAGAGGAGAGGGCGACGUGUGCAGCAGCUCUGCUGCCUGCAGAGUAGAA